GCUGCCUUCUUCCGAGAGAUACCAUUGCAUACUUGAGAAGAAGUCAGCAUUUGAUUGACAGGAGUAUGUAUAAGCUUGAAUGCUACAACUAUUUUCUUCAGUCCCGAAGUCCAAGAUGAUAGCAUCUGAUUAACGUUGCUUAUACAGAUUGAUUCGCGAGACGAGAUUCUUAGCCAGUUGUGGCUUUGUGCACGAUGUCUGUUCAAUAUACUGAAGAGCUCUCUUCCAGCCCUAGACAGAUGAGCUCAUUUACGAACCUGUCUUUCGACGAGCUCCAUGGCACCACCCUUAAUUCUGCCAUGGGUGGCUCAAUGGUAGAUCCUACUUUCUCCGGUCGACUGCGUGGAUGGCCUAGACUAGCCAAGGCUAUGUCAGAGUACGACGAAUCCAAAGUUCGGGACUGUAAGGAGGACAUGGAUACUCUGUUGGUAUUUGCUGGCCUUUUCUCUGCGGUUCUGACGGCUUUUAACGUUGAAUCGUACAAGGAUCUGCAGACCGAUCCAGCCGAGGUCACGAAUCUCCUGCUUGUGCAGAUAUCGCAACAGCUCAACAGUUUCAAUAUAAAUGGUGGCUCUAUCAAUUCAACUAUACCCGCUUCCAUCGCGCUUCCCUCUCCCUCUCCCUCCCCCGAUGCCUGGUCAGUCCACAUCAAUUCGUUAUGGUUUUCAGCACUGGUGUGCAGCUUGGUCACGGCUUCACUAGCCAUGCUCGUAAAGCAAUGGUUACGCGAAUACAUGGCUCAAGACAAUAUCGCACCUCGAUGUCGUACCAGAAUACGAUUCUGGAGGUGGUUAGGACUCACCAAAUGGCGCGUAUUCGAAAUUGCCGCAUUCCUUCCCAUGCUUCUACAACUUGCACUGUUCCUAUUCUUUGCUGGCCUUUGCAUCCUUCUUCUGUCCCUUGACACCGCAGUGGGCUGGGUCGUGACAGCGCUCAUUAGCAUUUGGGCAUCGUUAUACCUCUCGGUAACCAUAGCUCCGGUGUUCUCAUCGAAGUGUCCUUACAAGACACCACUUCUGAGAACUGGACUUCAGAGUAUUCGCCGCAUGAUAACCAUCUUGAGAAACACCCUAUUCUGUGGGCCCUCAUAUCCCGUAUCGCGAGGAGAGGAGGAAAUGGUCCGCGAGGACAUGUCGCUUGAUGUACCCAUUCUCGUCGCUGCGGACGCGACAAUGAUGGACGACGAGUUCAUCGGAACUACCAUGCGAGAGUGUCUUCUCGAAGCUGACGGGAGGGAGGUAGUUUCGUGCGUUCGGGAAGUUAUCUCUCGCCAUGCGGAUAGAGAGCUGAAUGACCUUGCUGACGUUCGCAUAACGGAUUUACGACGGAUGACCAAUGUCGGUCGCUCAGCAGUUGUAAAUAUCCUCAUUGAUGCUGUUCAUCGGGAGAUGAAUCAGCGAGAGGAGAACAAGCAGGCAGUGGAAUGGGUCACAUGGAUAUCUUCUGCCUUAACAUGUAUCGGAUCUGCACUGCUACCCUUGUUUGCUGCAUCACGAAGGGCCAGUCCACAGGCUGCGGAAGCUCGAGCAGGUCAUCUACUUAUCCGGCUACUUGGGGAGAAUGAAAGAACCGCGAGGGGCGUAGUGGAAGUUCUCGCGCGCUCUCGUUAUGCACGACUGCCAUCAAGUUUCUCGCUCACCGAGAUCAUCAGUAAUAAAGCGAUUCCAAACCUGAUAUCAGGAAGUACUGCUUGUUUGCAAGCGGAGACGGUCGAACCUCUUCACCUGUGUCAAAUUGUUCUCUACCUUACACUAUUCAUGCAAGACAGCUCAAUCAAGAUCUGUCAGGAUGAGUUCAGCAAGCUAUUACGGACAAUACAUUCUGCUGUUGAGCGUCAACACGCUCAAGCACCCAACUUGGACAUCUAUCCCGCCGACCUGUGUUUGAAGUACGGACACAAGCUUAACACUAGGCAUCCCGGCUUUGUUGAUCCCCAACUACUCUCCUUGCUUUCGAGCAUCUACAAUACCCGAGUGUAGCAUUGGUCCCCAGGGCAUAAUGCAUUCUGAGUCGUCAGUCACUUUCUUGAUAGGUUUGGUUGAUUAGACAUCGCAUAGGAUUUAUAGAUACCAUCCGGGAUGUCUUAAGUAGUACGUGUAGCUCAUAGUCAACUUGACAGGAAAAAUUAAUAUAUACGGCAACUACUAUAUGCUUGGUAGAGCUGUAACUCUCGCCUAUCACGGCAAGCACGACCUAAUCGGCCGCUUAGUCAAAUUGUGUGCAGAUGGUUGGGCGGAUUGCCGUUUCGCACGCCAAUCUGACCGCCCGGAAGACCGGAAAGUAGAUUCUAAUUUUACACAACUAUUUGUUUGUAUGGUAGAUGUUUUACCGCAAAUACAGUAUAUUGUCUAUG